GUCCAGUCAGGUGACUGUUUGCUAGCAGCUGUACAGCCUCGCUAUCUGUCUCCAUCAUUUCUCAGUGGAGCAGCGACACGAAUACAUAGACACUGCAAUCACCCCGCUAUAUUUUAGCCCAGCACCCCGACACACCGCAGGCGCUGUGAAGAAAACUCGGCAUGGGGGACCAUAUUGCUAUUUUCCUGUUGAUGCUUGCGUCCACGGCAUUGUCUCUUGAGGUGCCGUCGGACGAGGGCGGCGGUCUCCUGGCGGAACCGCAGGUCGCCAUGUUCUGCGGGAAGCUGAACGUGCACAUCAACGUGCAGACGGGCAAGUGGGAGCCCGACCCCAGUGGAACCAAGAGCUGCAUUGGCACCAAGGAGGGCAUCCUGCAGUACUGCCAAGAGGUUUACCCUGAGCUGCAGAUCACAAAUGUGGUGGAGGCCAACCAGCCUGUCAGCAUUCCCAACUGGUGCAAGAAGGGCCGCAAGCAGUGCCGCAGUCACGUGCACAUUGUGGUGCCCUACCGCUGCCUAGUUGGAGAGUUUGUGAGCGAUGCCCUGCUGGUUCCCGACAUGUGCAAGUUCCUGCACCAGGAGCGCAUGGACAUGUGCGAGAGCCACCUGCACUGGCACACCGUGGCUAAAGAGUCUUGCGGGGACCGCACCAUGAAUCUCCAUGACUACGGGAUGCUGUUGCCGUGCGGCAUUGACCGUUUCCGUGGCGUGGAGUUCGUCUGCUGCCCCAGCGAGGCGGAGCAGGAAGCGGACAGUGCUGAGCUGGAGGUGGACGACUCAGACGUCUGGUGGGGAGGAGCCGAGACUGAUUACACCGACAACAGCAUGGUCAAAGAGGCUGUAGAGCCUGUAGUAGAACCAGAACCCGAGCCGGAACCAGAACCAGAACCCGAGCCCAAGCAGGAGCAGGAGGAGAGCCGGCCUGCCGUCUUCGAGGAGUAUGAGGAGUACGACCAGGAGGAGGCCGCCGAGGACAACGACCAGGACGGCGACGGCCAGGAGGACGAGGAGGACGACGAGGAGGAUGACGACGAGGAUAUUGCCGACGACAGUGAGCCCACCACCAGCGUUGCCAUGACGACCACCACAACCACCACCACCGAAUCUGUGGAGGAAGUGGUCAAAGAGGUGUGCCUGUCCCAAGCAGAGACGGGCCCGUGCCGGGCCAUGCUGCCCCGCUGGUAUUUUGUGGGCGAGGAGGGCCGCUGCGCCCCCUUCAUCUACGGCGGCUGCGGCGGCAACCGCAACAACUUUGAGUCGGAGGAGUACUGCCUGUCCGUCUGCAGCAGUCUGAUGCCCACUCCCACCCCCGCCACCCCCGACGCUGUGGACCAUUACCUGGAGCUGCCCGGAGAUGAGAAUGAACACGCUCACUUCCAGAAGGCCAAAGAGAGCCUGGAGGCCAAACACAGGGAGAAGAUGAGCCAGGUUAUGAGGGAGUGGGAAGAGGCAGAGAGACAAGCUAAGAGUCUCCCACGUGCAGACAAGAAGGCUGUGAUCCAGCACUACCAGGAGAUGGUGGAGGCCCUGGAGCAGGAGGCGGCGCGCGAGCGUCAGCAGCUGGUGGAGACGCACAUGGCCCGAGUGGAGGCGCUGCUCAACGACCGCCGCCGCAUGGCCCUCGAGAGCUACCUCACUGCCCUGCAGGCUGGGCCCCCCAGGCCACGUCAUGUUUUCAGUCUGCUGAAGAAGUAUGUGCGUGCCGAGCAGAAGGAUCGCCAGCACACGCUCAAACACUUUGAACACGUCCGCAUGGUGGAUCCAAAGAAGGCCGCUCAGAUCCGCCCCCAGGUGUUGACCCAUCUGCGUGUGAUUGAAGAGCGCAUGAACCAGUCCCUGGGCCUGCUCUACAAAGUACCUGGCGUUGCUGACGAAAUCAAGGACCAAGUUGAGCUUCUCCAGAGGGAGCAGCAGGAGAUGUCUGUGCAGCUGUCUUCGCUGCAGACGGACGUGCGUGUCAGUUACGGCAACGACGCCCUGAUGCCCGACCUGCCCGAGAGUACGGCACCCCAGGAGACACUGCCCCCGGUGGAGGGAGGACUGCUGGACGGCCUGGGCUUCAUCCACCCCGAGAGCUUCAACCAGGCCAACACACUGAACGAGGUUGAACCUGUCGACGUCCGUCCCAUGCCAGACAGAGGACUUCCCACACGACCAGGCACAGGGCUGAAGCUGGGAGAGAUUCCUGAGCUUAAGAUGGAGGCUGAGGAGAGGCACAGUGCUGGAUAUGUCCACCACCAGAAACUGGUGUUCUUUGCUGAGGAUGUUGGUCCUAACAAAGGUGCCAUCAUUGGUCUGAUGGUGGGAGGGGUUGUCAUAGCGACCAUCAUAGUCAUCACCCUUGUGAUGCUGAGGAAGAAGCAGUACACCUCCAUCCAUCAUGGAGUCAUUGAGGUGGACGCUGCAGUCACUCCAGAGGAACGCCACCUGACCAAGAUGCAACAGAACGGCUAUGAGAACCCCACCUACAAGUUCUUUGAGCAGAUGCAGAACUAAGGGGCUCUUGCAACCCUCUACAACCCCCAUAUCUCCAGUCCACCCACCCCCCCUCCUUCCCUCAAACCUCCCCGUCCCUCCUUCCAACCCCCCCCCCCCCCUCUAGUUCUGGACAGUGUAGGAAGGACCCAUUCCCUUAUUCAACGCAGCCUGCAGCAUUUACCACUAACAUAAGCAUGAUCCUUCAUGAUUGGUCAGUGACCAUGUACGUCAAAAUACCAGACCUGCCAGCUUUAUUUGGAUUGGGAAGAGCGGUUUUGGCCCUCUAGUCUCCCCCUCCCAUUGGCUGGCCACAUAGCUCAGCAGCCCCCUUCUUGAGGCAGAGCGUGGAAUGUAAAUCUCCAAUAGGUGUUCUAGAAUCAGAACUGCUGGUGUUCCCCGUGCUGGUCUUCUAUCAGACUUGGGGCAGAUAGAACUGAUCCUGGGUCUGUGGGUGGAGUGCACUGAUGUUACCAUCGGGGGUGAACACUCUCCCAUCUCUACCAGCAGCCAGAUCACACCUGAGGGUUGGUUACAGUGAGGCCAGCUCUCCUCUCUCAUUCCCUCUCUGAUACUCUCUCCAUCCUUCUCUUUCUUUCUAACUCUCUCUCACUCAAUCUCUCUCUCUUCCUUGUACUUUGACGACAGCAGUGCUGUGUUGCUAAGGUGAACUAUAACCCUGAGACGUGGUGGAUGAUUGUAUUGGAUGUAAUAAUGUUGCGCUCACAAAUGAGAGCUUUGCUUUAGGGUUAUCCAGCAGUCUGGUUUCUUUUUCAGAAAAAUAAGAAGAAAAAAAACUAAAAAUGGUGGGGGAAAAAAUGAAAUGAAAAAUACGUCAAUUGUGGUUCUUUUUUUUAAUACGUGUAAUGUAUUGACGUCAUCAGGACAACUAGCUGUACUUAUUUAGUGCAUGGUGGAAUAAUUAAAAAAAAAAAACAGACAAAACAAGAUUUGAAACAGAAAUAAAAAAAAUAUAUCUGCUGUUCGGAAAGGGUCCUUUCUCACGUAGAAACCGUGUCAUUUUAGCAGAGUUGUAUAUCUUCUAGUAUAUUCUUGUGAACAUGUGACUGAAUGGAGAUGGAGACAUGAAAACAGAAAUUAGAAUUGGCUUUCUGCUUUGAUAUCAUGUAAACAUAUAUUUUUUUUUAGGUCAGUGCUCAUGCUGAUUUUGAUUUUUUUUUUUUGUGUUUUUUCUUUCCUUUUUCUUUUUUACUUCACUGUAUUCCUCUUUCUUAACAGGGGAGGCUAGUUGAAUCGGUUUGUGUACAUUUGCGUAUUUGUUUAAGUUUAAUGUGUUUGCAUCCUAUGCAUUUAUUCAGAGAUUAAUUUAGUGGCUUUCUGAAGCGGCUGUAUUUAAUUGCUUCCUACUCAUUUCAUGUGGUCACGUGUGUGUUUUUUAAUGGUUACACAGGGCCCAAGGUUUGGGGUGGGGAGGGUUCCGGGUUGUUUGUUUGUAUGUAUGUAUGUUUAUGCCUGGAUGUAUGGUUUGAGGGUGUGUGUGUGUGUGUGUGUGUGUGUGUGUCCGCUUUGUGUGUGUGCGCAUGUGUGCGUGCAUGUAUGUUCUUUCCAGUCAGGUUAGCGUUUCUCAUCCAAUUCCAUUCUCAGUUGGUAGAAUACUUCUUCUGUCCCUCCACUGAUUCAUCACUAUUCCACAAAAGCACAGAAAGAAGCUCCCCUCUCUAUCUCUUGCUGUCUCUCGGCUGCUGUAACACAAUAUCUUAACAGAAAAAAAACAAAAAACGGGUGCAGCGAUGCACUUGGUGCAUGUCUUAGAGGAGUCUGCAGGAUAGAGGGAAGGGAAAGAGGGGGAGAGGCAGGCGAGAGAGCCUGGCGCUCGUCAACAGCGACACCUCUCCCUCCUCUGCAUGUCUUGCACUCCUUCCUCUGUUUUGCUGUCUUGCAUUCACCCCCCACAGUCUCUUCUGUUUCAAGCCACCCCACCACCCCCCCAAACUCCCCCCGUCCCCCCCACCCAUCUAGCUUCCCUUCACCAACUGCAGAAUGUGCUGUUGCUUACGUCUUAACUGCUGCUGCAGACACGCAGCCAAAACAAACAGACAAAAAAAGCAAACAAAACAAAAAAACAGACCACAAUGAAAGUCAUACUCUGGUGUGUAGACACAACAAAUGAAUGUGUUUUUUAUAGGGUUUUUUUCUCUCCUUGGAGAUGCCGUUCAACUUUGCAUUCUUCAGCCAAGCUUCCCCACCCCCAUCCCACUCACACCUAUAGGAGCCCUGCCCAUCCAAAUCUCUUGGACACCCACGCCACCCCCUAGAAAACUACACUCCUUAGUCACCUUGUUCUGUUGAGAUAACUCCACUCCCCGUCGAGGACAUUAGCAGGAAGCCAUCCUGGUGUAGGUUGGUAGGUAGGGCCCUGUGAUAUCUCUGUGGACUCUCAGAGGCCAAAUUGAAUGGGAGUGAUGACUGCUCUUAAUGGUGUCAGGGGAAACUGGGGAUGGUGGAGACUGUCCUCUCUCUCGCUCUCUCCUCCAUUCGGGUUGUUCUGUAGCUAGACACUGGAGAGAUGCUGCAGGUUGGCAGUAGAGUGUGUGAGCGAGUGUGUGUGUGUGUGUGUGUGUGUGUCUGUGUGGUUGGUUUGCUGUGUUCCUGAAAGAGGCCUCCUGUGCAGCGGGUUGAUGUGGAAGGCAGCGGAUUAAAAAAAAGCAGGUGUUUCUCUCUUUAUUUCUUUCUCUCUGUGACUUUCUCUCUGUGUAUGUGCAAGAAACAAUACAUUUGCUUUGACUGGGGGAAAAAAGCUUUCUACACUGUAUUCCAUAAAUAAAGUUUUGAAUGUACAUACAGAAA